UGUAUAUCUGUGUAUUAUGUGUGUAUCUGUAUUUUAAUGUGUAACAGUGUCCAUGAGUAUAACAGUGUCAAUGUAUAUUUUAAUGGGUGUAACAGUGUAUCAGUGUAUAUUUUAAUGGGUGUAUAUGUAUGUGUGCGUCAAUGUAUACUUUAAUGUGUGUAUCUGCGUGUGUCAAUGCAUGUAUUAAUGUGUGUGAAUAGCGGUGUGUUUAUCAAUAUAUGUGUACAUGAAUUUGAAUGUCAGUGUGUGCAUGUCAAUAUGUGUACUAAUGUGUGAAUAGCAGUGUGUUUAUCAAUAUAUGUAUAUAUCAAUGAGCGUCUGUAUGUGUAUGUCAAUAUGUGUAUUAAUGUGUGCGAACAGCAAGCAGUGUGUAUCAAUGUGUGUAUAUAUACGAAUGUGUGCGCCUGAGUGCGGACCCAGAGCGCUGCGCUGCUCAGUGGCUCACACACAUACUCUACUCCAAUCUGUGCUGUGCCAUUAAAACCCCCACCGUAUAUAUAAAAAAAGACGCUCCUCUCUGACAGUCCGACAAGGCGUUCGCUGAGACCGCCCGUCUGCCUCUCUGCUCCAGAUUCGAGGAAUUUCUCUCUUUCUCUCCCACCACUCAUCGCUUCUGAGGAGAAAAAGAACCGUGUGUGUUUUAUUUUCUCUCUCUUUUUUGUUAAUUCCUUGAGAGGGGAAAACAAAAAAUGUGGAAGAACUCUCAGUGUUGAAGCGGACCUAUUCCGAUCCUGAUUUGAAGAGGAGGAGGAGGGGAGUUGCUGCUGAAGAAAGAAAAUAAGAAACCGGGCACAACUUUCUCUGCAGCCUUUCAGCCGAAAGCAACUUUCAGCCUGGAUUUUUGAAGGGAGAAGAAGAGGGUGCAGCGAAAAAGCUUGUUUCUUUUUUUCCUCUAAUUGUUAAAUUCGCCCUGCACGCUACCCGCUUGCCUUGUGGCAUCGGUGAAGUAUUCGUGUGUGCGAGAAGAGUUCUUCCCUGAAACUUUCGCUGUGAUUUUUGUGGGCUUUUUUUUUGUGUGUGUGCGUGUGUGUUUUGAGUACAUAAAAGUUUUUUUUUGUUGUUGUUGUGCUGUUUUGCAAGAAAGAAAAGCGGUGCGAAACAAAAAUGGUUCCGUCUGGGAUAUACCUGGCUGCCAAGUUGCUAGCAGCCGUGCACCUUCUGCAGUUGUUCGCUCAGAGCGGCCGGGCUCUGGUGUGCUUACCGUGCGAGGAAUCUAAAUGCGAGGAGCCCAGGAACUGCCCCGGGAGUAUCGUGAUGGACUUCUGCGGCUGCUGCUCCGCCUGCGCCCGGCAGAAGAACGAGAGCUGCGGCGGCGUGUACGGUCUAUACGGGACUUGCGACCGCGGCCUCCGGUGUGUGAUCCGACCCCCGUUCAAUGGCGAUUCCAUCACCGGCUACCAAGUCGGCCUCUGCGAAGAUGAGAGCUGGGAAGACGACCAACUUCUUGGAAUCGAGCCCUGCAAUGAAAACCUAGCAACAGGCUGCAACAUUGUCAAUGGGAAGUGCGAGUGUGACACUAUUCGGACCUGUAACAAUCCAUUUGUAUUUCCCAGUCGGGAAAACUGCCUUUUGGCAAUAAAGCAGAUUGAAGAAGAGAAGCCAGAUUGUUCCAAAGCCAGGUGUGAGGUGCAGUUUUCUCCCCGUUGCCCAGAAGACUCCAUCCUGAUUGAAGGCUAUGCCCCUCCUGGCGAGUGUUGUCCCCUCCCAAGCCGCUGUGUGUGUAAUCCAGCUGGCUGCCUCCGGAAGGUCUGUCAGCCUGGAUACCAGAGCAUCCUCGUUUCCAAAGCAUCGGGAAAGCCAGGAGAAUGCUGUGACCUGUAUGAAUGCAAGAAAGUGUAUAACGUGGACUGCAGCACAGUGGACUGCCCAGCCAUUCAGUCUGUCGUCUGCCCACCUGACAGCUAUGAGACCCCGACCCGACUAACUGCUGACGGCUGCUGCACUCUCCCGACACGGUGCGAGUGUCUGCUGGGAAUCUGUCGUGUCCCUAAGUGUGAGGCUGGCACUGUGCCACGUAUCAUUUCCCCUGGGGAUGGCCUGCCAGGAAGAUGCUGCGAUCUGUUCGAGUGCAUCAACGAGACAAAGCCCACGUGCAUAUUCAAUGGCGUGGAAUAUUACGACGGGAAUAUGUUCCGAAUGGAUGCGUGCCGUUUCUGUAGAUGUCAAGGUGGUGUCUCGAUUUGUUUCUCAGCACAAUGCGGAGAGCUGCACUGUGACAGGUACUACGUCCCUGAGGGAGAGUGCUGCCCAGUCUGUGAAGACCCGGUGUACCCCAUCCACAACCCCGCAGGGUGUUAUGCUAAUGGGCAGAUCCGUGCCCAUGGAGACAGGUGGCGUGAGGAUGAUUGCACCUUCUGCCAGUGUAUUAAUGGAGAGCCCCACUGUAUGGCCACAGCCUGUGGUCAGAGCUGCUUGAACCCAGUGAAGAUUCCGGGAGAGUGCUGCCCUGUGUGUGAAGAGCCAACAUACAUCACCAUUGGGCCCCCGACAUGCGAGCUGCUGAUCAACUGCACCCUGACUGAAAGAGAUUGUAUCUAUGGCUUCAAGCUGGACUACAGUGGAUGCCACACAUGUCAGUGCAAAACCAGAGAAGAGCUGUGCACAGGGCUCAUAUCGGGCUGUGGCCUGGACUGUCCAUUUGGCCUGCAGACUGACGUACACGGCUGUGAGAUCUGCCAGUGCCGCACACGGCCAAAGAAAUGCAAGCCUGUGGUUUGUGACAAAUACUGUCCUUUCGGAUACAUGAAGAACAAACAUAGCUGCGAUAUCUGUCGCUGCAAGAAGUGCCCUGAGCGUCCAUGUGACAAGUAUUGUCCAAUGGGAUUUGAGCAAGACAUUUAUGGCUGUCUUAUCUGCAAGUGCAAGGAGGUGCCCACAACCGCCAUCCCACCGGUCAAAACUGGCUCGUGUUUGUCCAUGGAUGGGCGGCGUCACGAGAGCGGUGAGAGUUGGCAUGAUGGUUGCCGUGAAUGCUACUGCUACAGCGGACGCGAGAUGUGUGCACUCAUCACCUGUUCCGUGCCCAACUGUGGAAAUCCUACCAUCCGGCCCGGACAAUGCUGCCCAUCGUGCCCAGAGGACUCUGGCCUUUGGAAGCCUGAGCUGAGUGAUACCUCGAUCUGCCAUGCUCCUGGGGGCGAAUACUUUGUGGAAGGAGAAACUUGGAACAUUGACUCCUGCACCCAGUGCACGUGCCACACCGGGCGUGUGCUCUGUGACACCGAGGUCUGCCCACCCAUCCUCUGCCAGAACCCCAUCAGGACACCAGACUCAUGCUGCCCACAGUGCCCAGAUGAACCCCUUCAGCCUAUGUCGCCAAGCAACAGAAGUAUGCCUGGUUACUGUAAGAAUGAUGAAGGUGAUAUCUUCUUGGCAGCUGAAUCCUGGAAGCCAAAUGUAUGCAGCAGCUGCAUUUGCAUGGAGGGUGUCAUCAGCUGCUACUCGGAGUCGUGCCCAGCUGUGACCUGUGCCCGGCCUGUCCUGCGGAAAGGGCAGUGUUGUCCUUACUGUAUUGAGGAGAGCAUCCCGAGCAAAGUCGUGUGUCACUUCAAUGAGAAAACCUACGCGGAUGAGGAGCGAUGGGACAUCGACAGCUGUACACACUGUUACUGCCUGCAAGGGCAGACACUCUGCUCCACGGUCAGCUGCCCUCCCCUCCCCUGCCUGGAACCUGUCUACGUGGAUGGAAGCUGCUGUCCUGUGUGCCCAGACCUGUACAUUCCGGAACCCACCAACAUACCCAUUGAGAAGUUUGACCAAAGAGGACAGAUUGAAGUGGAAGCCCCGUUCUGGCCAACUCCUAGUGGGAAUGAAAUUCCUGCACAUCUUCGGGACGAUGAGAAUCUCCAUGUAAACACAAUAGGUGGAGACUAUCCUCGGUACAAUGAAGACUCUGCCAUACACUCAGUGGCUUGGGUAGCACUGCCCAUCAUGAUUGCUCUUAUCCUAGUCAUAGCUCUGCUGCUCGUCAACCAGAAGAAGCAGUGGAUCCCAGUGCCCUGUUACAGAGCUCCUACAAAGCCCUCGUGUCUGAACAACCAGUUGGUGUACGUGGACUGUAAGAAAGGAACCAUGGUUCAGGUGGACAGCUCCCAGAGGAUGCUGAGAAUGGCAGACCCAGAUUCCAGACACAGUGGCUUCUACAGCAUGCCAAACACAAAGCAAAACAAUUUACAAGUGGACAGCUUCUAUCAAACGCACUGGAUCAUGUAAAGAUACUACCAGAGAUGAGGACAACCACAGCAGGCUUUUCCCUGAAAACCACCAGCCUCUCUGGUGGCUUCCUAAGAGUUUCGGAAGGUGGACAAUAGAAGAAACUUUGUUGGACAAAGUUCCUGCUCGAUAUUGAAUGAGAAAAAGAGACUGGGUUUUGUACUUACUGGUAUGCAGACUAGAGACUGCUUCCGUGGUAGGAAGCUUCGUAAUUAUAUAUUACUCAAGCACCUUUUUUGAAGCUCAGAAAAAGGAGAUUAUGCUUUGUGAAACAUUAGCAUUAUAGGAAUAUUUAUGUUAAUAUAUAUUAUGCUAAAACAAAAGUAUUUGUACAUAUAUAUAAUUUUCUAUGUUUUCCUGUUUAAUGUAUUUAUAUCCUAGAGAGAUUUUAUCCAGUUUAAAAAAAAAUUAGCUAAACAGUCAUUCCAUUUUAGUGCUUGAUGGCUCACAGGACUCCCAAAAGGAAAGAGCAUCUCAUUUUACCUAAGAUUUUGUGCCUUUUUGCUGACGGCUUCAGCACUGCUCUUGCUACUUCUGAUUUCAGCCUCUGAAGGGCUUUAAAGAUCGCAAAAUGGGUCUCACAGUUAUCCAUAAUACAGUACCAAUGCUUGCCGAUCCUGAAUUUUUUCUCCCCCACUUAAAAGUUAGUCUUUUUUUUAUCCAGCUACUAUGUCGUUGAUUAACUUGUACAGCUUAUUGUGUUAGUCUGUUGUUUGAUUCCUGUUGCAAUUUAACCAUAAGGAUAUUAUGCACUGGGCAGCAUUUCUUUUUUGGUUCCUAUUAUAAACAGUGUGCUUUGUACUUGUUUUGUCUUUUUUCUCCCCCUUCUUGCAGAAGUUUUGACAGGCAGUUUUUUUUUCUCUUCCCUGAAUGCACCAGGCUCUCUAUUUGUAAAAUACAAUAACAGAAGUGUCCCCAGUGGCAGAGUGAAUAAAACUCAACGUCCGGUGCAGAGCUUAACUCACAGGACAAGGAGGUCCCAGUCGCAAUUCCCAGGCCAUGCUGAAAGCAACCCCUGUCAGCUAGGGCAUCGGUAAGGGAGCCAGUGAAUGGCCUCACGCCUCCCAGCUUCAGGAGGGAAUGAUUCGGCCAGUGUCCCUGCUCCCUCACGGCACACCUACCAGCGAGAACAGGAUUGGGCUCAGUCUUAUCGGAGACCAGAACACCACAGAUGCUGCUGGAAGUCUGAACUAAGAACAGAAGACGCCAGACAAACUUUGCAGGAUGAUGCUGGUGUUCGUGGAGAGAAACAAAAGGGUGAAUUGUACUCCUCCCCCCGCGCCCCCUCCCGCAGCCCUCCCUACCAUAUUUAAAGGCAGGGCCCAGGGGGCUGAUGUGUAGGGGAGAUUGUAAAAUGGACAGCUGGCCUGCCCAUUCAUUCCAACCUGUCUCCCACGUUACAGCGAGCAGGAACAGGUAUCAGACAGCCAAGCCAAGCCAAGCUGCAGUUGGUGGCCAAUGAAGGGCACCAUUCCUGAAGAAGGGCUUAUGCCCGAAACGUCGAUUCUCCUGUUCCUUGGAUGCUGCCUGACCUGCUGUGCUUUUCCAGCAACACAUUUUCAGCAUCAUUCCACAUCCUCCUGUUGUCGUUUUAUGUGUUCCUAGAGACAAGGGAACCUGUGCUUAGUACACAGAGUCUUCUCCCCAUGUAGUUGGCAAACCUGGGAGAGAGGUGGGGAUAGUAUUUAAUUAGGCUGGUAGUAUAUUCAAAUCCUUCCACCUUAAACCUUCCAAACCUGGGUCUUGAGUGUAGGGUAAAGCUCGGGUGGCCUUGCCACUGCCUGAUCAGUAUGUAGUUCAGAAGUCCUUCCUUAGACAAGAGAGAUUGGAUUUCUCACCAGUGAUUUCAAUGUUCACCCCCUCACACCGCCUGUCAUCUCUACUAUUGCUCCCCACCACCGAUCACAUUCCUCUCCUACCUCUGUGUCAUUUUACAUCCACCUCGGUAAACCUGCAGCCUCAACAGUUCAGCCUUGGGGCCUCCGUUCACAGCUGAUUAUUAAAUCAUCUCCUCCCCUCUGAGUAAAAUCCUCCCUCUUUUCCCUCCCUGGGAUGGUGUCUAUCAUCACUCCCUCAAAUUCAAGAGGCACAGACUUUUACCUAUUUACCCCUCAUUGCGGUUUAAGCUGUUAAUCACUGGAUCCGACUGAACUACACAAAGUGUAAUCGACCCUGUUCUUUGUCAAAACUGAUCACAGCUCCACAAUUGACUGAAAACAAAAUAUUUUCCUCCAAAGGGAACUCUGGAUUAUUUUCUCCAUGAACCACUGACCUCUUAAGCCACUCCAAACCCACCUCUAACAAACACAAAAGAGCUCAUGGGCUGUGUCAGUAUAGUGGAGCUCUUUUGUUGAGUUGUGUCUGCUACGUGGUCCUCCUUCCCUUGUCCACCAAGCUGAGGGAAUGCCUCCCCCCCCCCCCAACGCUCUCACCUGAAGGAUGAUGAAGUCUGACUCGAGUGAGUGAACAAUAACAGGCUGUUAGACAUAACUCGAUACACAAGGGAUGGUAAGACAGGCCAUCUUCUGGAACCCUGCACACCCAACUCCCAGUACCUUGUGAUUGCUACCGUGUAACAUGCCCAGGAGUUGUUCUUAGAAUAAAAGUAUAGUUAUUCCUUCACUUCACACUGCCCUUGUCCUGAACUCAUGUCUUUCACUUUGGUUCUUGUUCAGCCAUAUCUGACCUCACCUUGUCCCUGAGAGCUAACACAUCCUGUGUCGAUCCAGUUCCUGUGAAACAGCUUCUCUACCUAACAUGCACAACAGCAUGUGUUGUAAGUGGUUCCCUCUCUCAUCCUCGGACAUCACUUCCCUGAAAAGCAUGAACACCCUUGAACUACCCUCCCUACCCUACUGUCCUUAAUAGCUGUCACCCCAUCUCAAACUUCCCUUUUCUCUGAGAGGUCCCAGAAUGUGUUGUCACCCUCCAUCUACCACUACCCAUCCCCACACACCCCCCUCCCAGUUCCAUGGCGCUGAAUGCUACAGGCCACUCACCAAUGGGAUUGUAGGACAGGCGGAGCCAGGAGAAGGUGAGCCAGCAUUUUCCUGCUGUCUGUCUAUCCAACCCUGCUCCAAGCAAGAUUACAGGGAAGAGCAGGAAUGGAGGUGGGAUUGAGUGUGUAGCCCAUGAUUGUACCAAUCGAAGGCCUUAAGUGGGCGUUUAAUGCCACAUUAAAGGCCUCCCCCUCCCCUACCUUCCUCAACAGCACUUGAUGUAAUGAGUGGCAGGAGAGCUGCACCCAACAUGGAGACUGGGAGAUAAACCCCACACACUGCUGGCUGAUAGAAUUGAGGAGCCUGUGUCAAGGUGCCCUGUGUCUAUCAGAGUGCGCCUUCUUCUGCACUAACCAGUCAGACACACUACCCGCCACCCAUUGCUGGGAUCUGUCAGCCUGCUGGCCCAAGAGUAAUCUCAGAGCCACUGGAAUAUUCAGAUCCAUCGCUGACUGUCACCUCCUGCCUUUCCUGCAGCACCCAUGAGUGCUCAGCACUCCUGCUUGGCAUUGCCAGUGGACAGAGAUGUUGGUCAAUGCAGCGGAGCUUCAUUCCUGGAGAAGGGGGUAGUGGGAAGACCACCCUCUCUUCCUGCACACACUAAUUAAAGGGCCAUUGUGCAAAGAAAACAUUAACACGAGGUCCAGGGAGCCCAAACCUCAACGUGUCCCAUCAGAAGUUGGACAUCUCCAACUCUGGCCAUUAUCCUCUGGCCACCUCAUCCUUUGUCCCCAGAAUAGCCUUCAGCUACAUUACCCAUACCACCUCUCUCUUCUCCCCAUGAAACACUUCUUGAAACCUACCUCUUUGGCCAAACCUUUAGUCACUCAUUCCAAUAUCCCUUCCUUUCAACUAUUGUCCCACUGCUUUCCUAUGAGGCACCACGGGGGUACUUACAUUUUACCCCCAACUUAAAGGUGCUAUGCAAAUGGAGGCUGUCCAUUUUGGGCGAACAUGAUUUAUUUCCUCUAUUGAAGUAUGUAUUAUGGGUAAUUGUGAAGAGCUCCAGAUGGCAUUGAAAGGCAUCACAAACAUACGUUGAGGGGGAGAGAGAGACAAAAUAAUUGACAUGGUUCCUGGUACUGAAAAGUUACUAACAAAAGAACUACUGGAAUGUUUGCAUUGAUAAGCUGGACUUUUUUUUUGUAGUAUGCCUAUUCGUGGUUAUAACUUACUAAAUGUAUUAAAAACAAAAGACAGGUCUUGGCACUUUUUGUACUAAUUAGCCCUUUUUUGUGUAAUACCUUUAUAAAGUGCUUUCAUGAGAAAACCAUUUCCCAGUUUGCUUUAAUGUGAAAACAUUUGUACUUGUGUUUCAUAGUGGAAUUCUCAAGUAUUGUUGUAGAUACUUGGGGUCGGAGCUUGCUGAACUUGAAGCUGAAAAAAAAUCUAAUUUAUUGUUUGACCUAAUUUAUUAAUCUGAAGAUUAAUGAAAAGUUAGAACAUCGCAAGAUGUACAGUUUUUUUUGCGCUAUUUGUACGGAAGGAAAAAGAAAGGUGAUCUGGUUUAAUUAAGGGUCGAGAUUUUUUCCUGUCUACGUGACUGUUUCAUUGUUCCCACACAGUGAUGGUUAUCUCUUGAAACUUGUUUUCUUUGCUGUCUCUACACCCCACCCCAACUUAGUCUCCCCUGCCAUCCCAUCCCUAACUCUCCCCACUUGUAUAUGGGAAUAGAAUUCUUCCUGUAUGAUCAAGACCAAUUGUUUAUUUUUUUCCCAACCAAAAAAAUUAUGUUGAGUUUUUUUUAAAACAGGUAUUAUUUCACUACUUGUUUCUUAUUUUUGUGAUUGUGGUUGAAUUUUGGAGGUGUCAUAAAAAAGAACUAACAGAAUGCAGGACAUAUGGGGUAAGAUGCUUUUUUAAAAAAAAAUGAGGGGAAGAAAGAUUGCUGUCCACUACGUACUGUAUCCAUUUCACUCUUGUACUUUGGUUACUGUUGUGCUAAUGUAAGAUAAUGCAAAAUAUUUCUCAAAUAGAUGCGUAUGUGGCACUUGGAGUGCACUGCAGUUCCGCAGUUGGCUUGUUUACUUUUUUUUAAAUGUAAGGCAUUUUCUUGUAAAUUCGCUCUUGACAGCACAAUAAACAUCGUUAAACCCA